AUGGACACUUCACUUGGUACAUGCCGCGGUUCUGAUCCCAAGUCCGAGGAUACUCCCAACGUGUCCCGCGAUGAGAAGAAGAACGCUGUCGGUCACGUGGGCGUCUAUGACGCCAACACGGUCGUCGAUGAGGAGGUUACCGAGGAGCAUGCCAAGGGUCUCGGCAUUGAAGCCACUGCGGCUGAACUUGCCGACGCCGAGGAGAAGAUUGCAAACAUGAGCCUCGAGCGCUGUGAAGUCAUCAUGACCGAGAUCCGCCUCAUGUACCAGUACGAUCGAAACUUCCUGUCGCACACGCUCGACAGCAUCAACGAGGUCCUCGAUAACCCCGAGGUUACCUCACCUCCAACCAGGAGAAGGAUGGCGCUCUCAUCUACGCCAUGA